AUGGGCCUCUUCUCGCUGGAGCCGUUGCUGCCGCAGCUACUCAGCUUCCCGGGCCUGGCCCUCGCCGCGGCCCUGCUGGUCGUGGUCCUGUGCCUGCGCGCCGGGCGCACCAGGAGACCUGGUGAGCCUCCCCUGAUAAAAGGCUGGCUUCCUUACCUUGGAGAGGCCCUGAAAUUACAAAAGGAUCCUUUAGGUUUCAUGAAAACUCUUCAAAAACAACAUGGUGACACUUUCACUGUUCUCCUUGGAGGAAAGUAUAUAACAUUUAUCCUGGACCCUUUUCAGUACCAGUUCGUAAUGAAAAGUCACAAAUUAAGCUUUCAAAUAUUCACUAAUAAACUAUUAAGGAAAGUAUUUUCCAUCGAAAAGUUGGCAACCAAUGAUGACCUGAACAAUGACCUUCAUGGCUGCUAUCAUCUUUUACAAGGGACGUCCUUGGAUAUACUCACAGAAAACAUGAUGCAGAAUUUAAAACAAGUGUUUGAGCUCCAGUUAUUAAAAACCACAAAUUGGGACACGGCAUACCUGUUGACAUUCUGCAGCUCAGUAAUAUUUGAGGUCACGUUCACAACCAUAUAUGGAAAAUCUCUUGCUGACAAUAGGAAAACAUUUAUUACUGAGCUAAGAGAUGAUUUCUUAAAAUUUGAUGACAAAUUCCCAUAUUUAAUAUCAGACAUACCCAUAGAGCUUCUAGGAAAUGUCAAAUCUAUUAGAAAGAAACUUAUAAAACGCUUGACAUCAGAACACUUAGCUAAGACACAGGGAUGGUCAGAAGUUGUUCAAAUGAGGCAAGAUAUCCUGGAGAAAUACUAUACGCUUGAGGACUUUGAAAUAGGAGCACAUCAUUUAGGCUUUCUCUGGGCUUCUGUGACAAACACUAUUCCAGCUACGUUCUGGGCGAUGUAUUACCUCCUACAGCACCCGGAAGCUAUGGCAGUACUGCGUGAUGAAAUUGACCAUUUGCUGCAGUCAACAGGUCAAAAGAAAGGGUCUGGAUUUCCCAUCCAGCUCACCAGAGAACAAUUGGACAGCCUGGUCUACCUAGAAAGCACCGUUCUCGAGGUUUUACGACUAUGCUCAUUUUCAAGCAUCAUUCGUUUUGUUCAAGAGGAUUUGACUCUACAGUCAGAGACGCAGGACUACUGUUUGCGAAAGGGGGACUUGGUAGCCAUCUUUCCUCCAGUCAUACAUUAUGACCCGGAAAUCUUUGAAGCUCCAGAGGAGUUUAGGUUUGAUCGUUUUGUAGAAGAUGGUAAGAAGAAAACCGCCUUUUUCAAAAACGGGAAAAAGCUGAAGUAUUACCUAUUGCCAUUUGGAUUUGGAGCCAGCAAAUGUCCAGGCCGAUUUUUGGCAAUUGUUGAAGUAAAGCAAUUGUUGGUUGUACUUUUAACUUAUUUUGAUUUAGAAAUAAUUGAUGCUAAACCUAUGGAAGCAAACUACAGUCGCCUUUUGUUUGGUAUUCAGCAUCCAGCUUCUGAUGUCUUAUUUAGGUACAAAGUAAGAUCUUAAAAGAAGUGAUAAAGAAAGAAAAGAAAUUUAUCCGAACUAACCUAAAUGUCCUCGGCUCGCCUAUUUGUUUUGAAUUUCUGCAAAUAUAAUUGCUUUGUUUGUCUGUUUGUUUAAAAAGUGCCAAUUUAUAUUUGAUCUGCGAUCAGUCCAGUUCGUACUUGGUCACAAAACCCAUCAUAAACUAAAAGAGGAUGUCGACAUGAAAAUAGACAUCAUAAUCAGCAUAAUGAUAAACUCAAAAUAGCCUUUUUAUGUUUUUCUACAUAUUGUGAUUUUCGCUCAUCAUGGUAAAUG